AUGGACAGCGCGAAGGGCCCAUCCGAAGGCAGAGGAGGGGGUCUUGGUCCCGGAGCGACGGUGUGGCGACUCUCGAGCAGACCUUCUGACCACUCGCAGGCUGGGGUCUGCAAGCAAGGCGGCAGGACGCGGGCAGGGUCCCGAGCACCGAGAGCUGGCACUGUUGGCUGCGACAGGCCUGAACUCAGGACCAAGCCACAGGGCCGGCUGGGGCCUUUCAGGGGCCCAGGCAGGGAGGCCAAGCAGGAGGCUGUGGGCCACAAGCCCACUUGGAGCCUCUUGGCUUGUUUCCAGGUCUUACUGGGAUGGAACAGCCCUAGAGGGCACGUCAUAGAGCUUCCCAGGCCAAAGCAGAACUUCACGAGCACCCCUCAGGACCCCCCAACCCUAGGAGUCCUGUCGCCUCUACCUUCUGCUAGCCGCCUUCCUGAAGAGCACCAGCGCCCUCUUCAGGGACCAGGAGAUAACGGAACCGAAAUACUCAGCGAGGCCCCCGGGGGGCUGGCAUGGAGCCUGGCAUCACUGGGAACAGCAACGGGGGAGUGGGCCCACCGGUGCUGGGUGAGCGCUAGGGGAGGGGGUGACGGCAGCAGGGGCGAGGGGGCAGCAACACCUAAGCGGCCACCACCCCGGAUAGAAUGUGAGGUCGAGAAGACCGAGAGAACGCCAGGAGCCAGAGAAAUGAGACAGUCCGGUCUGUCUAGAGUCAGGAGGGCCUCGUAG